GGUCCUCGCAUUUCUGCUUGAUUCCUGAGGGGACCUCCUCGUGGACCAACCACCUCUACGAGAGUUUCUUCGCGGGCUGCAUCCCGUUCAUCCUGUCUGACCGGUACGUGCUCCCAUUCCAGGAACUCAUCGAUUGGAAGGCGCUGAGCUUACGGUGGCCUCAGGAAAAUGUCGGGGUGGAGAUGUACGCCUACCUGAAAGACCUCGUCCAAAACCGCAUGCCAGUUGUCGAAGAGAUGAAGCGCCGGCUGGAGGAGGCGGCGUGCUGGUUCGACUUCUACCGCUUCGACGGGGACUGCUCCCCGUAUCGAGCUGUCUUGUACGAGCUGGAGAAGCGGAAGGCUGCCAUGCCGAAGUAUUUGGAGAAUCCGCCCUUGUGGCUCAACUGAUUUGAGCGGUGCAGGUGGAUGAGCGGCGAGGGCGGAUGAUGGCGCUGCGUGAAAAGGAAU